UUAUAUAUAUAUACCCUAGCUAGCUUAGCUAGGUUGCAUUAUUUAGCAGGAGGAAGAAGAAGAAGACGACGACCGAAUUGAAUUACUGAAACUGAAACCCUACCUGCAGCGCCAGUACCAACUAACUGCAGUUCUAUGUGUAUAUAUAUGCACGCACACUCGCGGUGAAGCGGGAGGAAGGCUUGUGAAGCUGUACGAGGAAGCAUUAUUCGAAGGAAACAGAUAAUGACACGCAUUUCAAGAUGAUUACAGCCACAAGAGAAGAGGAUUUCGCGAGAAGGCGGGAAGGGAAGACAGUGGACGGGAAGAACUCCAAGGCUUCAUCUAGUUCAACGCCAUGGCCGAGGCUGAUGGAUCCACGAAUAGUACGCGUUUCGCGAGCGUUUGGACGGAAGGACAGGCACAGCAAGGUCUGCACCGUGAAAGGAUUGAGAGACAGACGGAUAAGGCUCUCGGUGCCGACUGCAAUUCAAUUGUAUGAUCUUCAAGAGAGGCUAGGACUCAAUCAGCCUAGCAAGGUGGUCGAUUGGUUGCUGAAUGCUGCUAAGCAUGAAAUCGAUGAACUCCCGCCGCUGCAAAUUCCGCCGGGAAGCUUCGGCCUGGAUCAUCAACAUCAACCGUUGAUUACUAGUUAUGGACCUGGAGUUUCACAGUCGAACAAGGAAGCGAUUAAGAUGGAUAACAGCAAUGUCGAUUGGGGUGAUCGAUUGGGGCACAUUUGGAGCUCGGAUGCAGGCUCCAUGAGAGACAAAUCUAAGGAGGUUGAAGCUGCAGAAACGGUUCAUGAGAAAGAGGAUUGGAUUAACCAGAGAAAUGAGCAAGAAGAGAAGCAAUUAGUUAGUCUUUCAUCUCUUAACUUUCAGCCUAGAUCCAGCCAUUCUAAUUCCAUGGCAGGUUUGAUAAGCACCGUCAUCCCGCAGAAUGCUUUCUUUCCCUGGGAUCCUUCAACUUAUCCUUUCUCUCACAUAGGCAGCCAUGGGUAUGCACCCUAAAGAGAAGCUUCUUAAUUGUAUGUCAACCUUGGUCCCUAUAUAUUUUGCUUCAUGUGUUUGUGCUGCUUCAUCAGACAAUUCAAUCCAAGACAGAUAAAUUAAUUAAACCACUUCCGAUGCUGAUCUCAGUCCAUGAAUUCAAAGGAUCGAUCCCUUUGUAAAAUUCUCUCGAACCAGCUAUAUAUAUAUAUAUAUAUAUAUUUGUAGACUUAUCCAUAACACAUCCCUCCACUCGAACCCGAAAGCUUUUAAUUUCUUUCUGAAGAUUAUAGCAGUGGAAGCUAAUCAAAUAACAAUGUCAAGAACAGCUUUGAAGCUCUAUAAGGCUUGUAGCAGGAAAGGCUGAAAUGGUGAUGAUAAUUGGAGACUCGCUUCGAAUCUGGAGAUCAGCUGGAACAGCUUUUGUUCUUGAGACAAUAUGAUGCCAUCAAUAUUUCUCUUGUUUGUUUCUUUGUUGUAUAUUUUCAGAAACUUGUUUCAUCUAAUUAGAAAAAGAAUUCAGAAAGUUAAUUGCA